AUUAUCGUUUGUGAGAUCGUGCAUACUGUCGAGAUAUUUGUUUUUCUUCUAUAUGGGUGCUUUUCGUUUCUAAGGAAAUUAAAACGUUCGAUUGUUUUAACACUUCAUCUAACAUAGUUUUGAACAUCUCUCCACCCGGAAACCAUGUCUGAGGACGAGUCAAGACCUGAACAUGAACUAGAAGGAGAAGAAGACGCGUUUGGGGAACUGGUGCAGAAUUACAACAGGCCCCGCGGAAGGGGCGGAGCCGAUUUGAUGCAGAUGGGACUAGCUCGACGGUACUCACAGAUCCCAAAUAUUCCGACUCCGAACAGCGUAUACACUAAUUAUAAUGAAGGAGAUAGAGUGAGUCUACUGCUCAUUCCUACUAACAUCAUCGUUAUUCCAGGAUUAAUGUUCCCGCUGAGGUUUAGAGACGACCAACACACAGGACUACAGUUCGCUCUGCUCAAAAACCUACUUGAUAGUGACGAUCCUAAUGUGUUUGGGGCCGUGCACGUGCCUAACGAAGAUGAAAGAUUAGAGGAUACCUGGUGCGACUGCGGUGUUACAGUUCAGAUACUUGAGGUAACAGAAGAGAAUCAGAGCAAACUGGAACUAAAGUGCAUGGGUAGACAGAGAUAUGAGGUGAUAUCAGAAGAGUUAACUUCAAGACAUAUGAGAGCUACAGUUGAGAUACACGAGGACCAGAAACAACCUCGCCUUCUUGAUCCUGCUGGCAAAGUAAAGGAUACGUUCCUGCGAGGACCCCUCCCAGUGUGGCAGCACCGACUCAGGGACGUCUUCACUCUGGAGAAACUGAUUAAGAACGAGAUAACAACGAGUUGCCCUGGUAUUAAUGCGGACUCUGCCCCGACUGAGCCCAUCAUGUUCUCUUAUUGGAUCAUCAGUACUAUGCCCUUCAAGUUCAAACAAAGAAACAAGAUGCUGAGAGAGGAUAACCUGAUCGUGAGACUCCGAUCUCAACUGAACUACCUGCGACUUCUCAACCACUUUGAUUACUGUUGUCUCGAGUGUGGACCUAACCAUCCAGUUGUCAGCUGCUCUGAUCUUAUGUCCAUGAAGUCUGAAGGUCCUUUUUAUCAUCUCAAACCGGAGGGAAUGUUCGACGAGACAGUACUGACCACUAACGUUAACACUGAUCAUGUGUACUGGUACGGUACCGCUACCAGGAAGAGUGACCUUACUGGAUAUGGUAGAACACUGCUCGGCUGUAAAACGUGUUUGAGAGAUCUAGGCUGGAAAUUUGCUGCAUUUGAUGUGACCACUCAACCACAAAUGUUCUAUGGUUUGAAAAGGAAACUCUUGCUCAUACAAGCCAGCAAAGAUUACGAAUCAAGCUCAGACUCUGAAUGAGACACAGAGGCACCACGUGGUACCUCACAUUACACUACACAGAGUGAUUUACUAUUCUAGAAAACACUCUCUUUACUCAAAUAUUUGGCGGAUACAGCCUACAGGGACUAUUAUAUUGUAGAGCUGACACUGUCAACUGUUGAUCGAACCAAACUUGAUGAUAACUAAGUUGUUGCUGAGGACCCGUGACCUUUGAAUAUUUUGUGAUAUUUUAUUAUAUUUAAGGUUUGAAAAUUCAAUUACUGAGUCCAAUCAGUUUAUUUACUGGGAAAAUGCAUUAUGAAUUAUCUAACUGUAUUCAGUAAUUUUAUUAAAUUUGUACCUG